AUGCUGAGUACUGUGGCCUUCACGGACUUUUUGGCCGUUCUAGAAUCGGGAAAUGGGUGCAUCAAUAUUGAGGCCGAAGUGGACACCAGGAGCUUAGGUGAGGAUGUAAAAGAUGGCAAGACAAUUGCCAAUACAGUUGCAAAGUUGGUGUGGGAGGUGACAGGCUAUCGGUGGCCGUAUCACAGUAAAUGGAAUGUUGCAGCUGGGUGCAUCAAAUUCCGAUACUACUGUGCACAAAGUGAAACCCGCCAGAAGCAAUCGAAGAAGUCGGCACCUACGCCAGAUAAACAGCGCGACAAGGAGAGCAUGAUGUCAUUCAAUUGCAGGAGCUGGCUGUCCAUUACUACAACAGAAGGUUCAUCUGUUGUGUCCGUACAGCUUGUGCAUGAUGAUGAUCACAUACCAUAUUGUUCGAUUGAUAUCCCCAAUGACGUUGAGGCUUUUGUUGCCAAGAAUGCCUCAAUGACACCCACACAGCUAUGGAAAGAAAUAAUCGACAAAUACCCAGAUGCACAGUUUACUAAGAAGGCCAUCUACCAGAUGUGGUCAGAAGCAGACAGCAAAAACUGGAAACGUGACGGGAAUGAGCUUAAGUCAGCAAAAAUCCUACUCGAAGAAGGCUGUAAAAAUUCUUCGGGACUGUAUACAGUUCAACCUGUUCCGAUUGCAUCACCGCCCGGGCUUACGACAAUUGCAUUCAGUCUGCCAAAUAUCUUGCGGCAGUGGGGUGGUCGUAUCAGAGAAUUGGCCAUGGAUUCUACAUGGAAUACUAAUGGUUCACGAUUUGAAUUGUUCGCUAUAUUAGGAGAGGCCUACAGAUCCGGUCUGCCACUCGGGUAUCUGCUUGUACAAUCUAGCGCUGACGCGGAGCAAGGAGCAAAGCAGGACGUACUGGAACAAUUUCUUCAUCAGCUGCGAUCACAAUGGAACCUCCGUAUCAUUAUUACCCUGUCUGACAAAGACUGGAGUGAGAUCAAUGCCCUCCGCAGAAUAUUUCCAGAUGCAAAGCAUCAGCUUUGCUUCUGGCAUGCACUGCGGGCCAUCAAGACACGGCUCUCAAUCCUCCGACGGAUGCCGGCACACUACGACAUUGAAGAGGCUCACCAGGAAUUCACUUUCAUUGAUGUGGACUUUCUUCCUGUGUCCCAACGCCAACCGUCGAGCACCCAAUACCAGCCAAGGAAGACUGCACUCCCCCAGCUCCAGUUCCGCAUCAACGGUGUACUUCAGCCGCUGGUUCCUCAGGAGCAUCGGUUGAUGUUGCGAUUACCAAGACGACCAACCAUCAGGAGCGAAGAUGUAGUGCACGUAGAGAUUGCAUCUGGAUCAGGCACGAGUUCUGAAGAAGAAGACAAUUCGGAAAGUGACGCUGCUGCAGAACAGAGUCUGCAGCAGCAUCACCACUCGAAUGUGAUGGAAGACAUUGGUGAAGAUAUUGGUGAUGGUGCAGACAGUGGGGAUAUAAGAGACGAUGUCAAUGGUAAGUCUGAUGAAGAUGAGACUGACGCAGAGGAUGCACCAGAUUGGGUCUUCGACAUGGGUGAGAAAAAAUCUGCCGACCCGACGUACGUGUUUUGUCCUGCGCCACACCGCAAGGCUCUCCUGCAUCUAUUCACCAAACACUUCUGUCAGCACCCCUUGUUCAUCGAACGUGAUGGCAAAUCACACACCUCUGAACAAAUUCGCCGUGAUGCUGUCUACGAGAUGUAUCUCUUCUGUCAGAUUCGUGGUCUCACUGAGGUCUGGGCGUACAUGUGGACUUCCUGGUAUUCUCACCGGCGGUGGCAUCUGUGGGCCCGAUCGACGACGCCAUGGAUUUCUCGGGCUCGCACGACCAUGAACACCGAAAACCACUUCAAGCAAGUCAAGCAUGACUUUCUUCCACACCUACUUAGACCUCGACUGGAUCAGCUAAUCUGGAUCUUGAGCACAAAGGUUGUCCCUGCAUACAUGAAGCGAGCUCAAGAACUCGAGGACACUUACCGCAUCGGUCGCUCGAAAAAACUCACCUCCUAUCAGAUCAGAUUCAAAAAAGCAUGGCGGACUCUCGAAAAGAAACCUAUCAGCAACUCAGGCAUUGAUUACCAUGUGAACGUGGCAACAUGGACAUGUGGUUGUGGGAAUCAAAAAUACAAUGCAUACCACCUGUGCAAGCACCUGGUACAAGCCGUCGUGAAACCACCCCCUCGCUUCUUUCGUCAAGUGGUCCGUCGCAGGACCAUCCCUAUCUACUGUCAUCCUGACCUGCGCCCGAAGAUGCUUGAGGGACAAGACGUCACCCCAGAACCUGCGGAGGCCAGCGACGGCUCGAUCACUGAUGGCGAUGAUCACCUUUGGCUGGGCAACAAGGAGAAGCUGAAAGGAGGUAGCUGGCGCGAGAUGACUCAGAGAAGCGUCGCCGAAAGCAUCUUGGGCAAACGCUCACGAGAAGAAGCCAUGUCCGAAGGGGAUGCCAGGGAUGCCGCAGAACAAAAACAUGAGUCAAUCGAGACUUCUGAUCUUCAAAGUGGCGCGGAGGAUGCGGAAGACGAGCACAGUGAGAUUGACAGUGACGAGGUGCGUGCUAAGACAGAAGUAGAACUGAUAUCAUAG